ACUUAUGGCUAGGAACAGUGUGACGCAUGCAAUCAGAUUGUUGAUUAUUGGAAUGAUUAUUUGUUUUGCCAUUGUUGAAUUGCAUAAAACUAUUACUAAAGAGUCUUCUUGGACUACAAUAUCUUUUGGUAUUGCAUCAUCUGAGAUGGAAAAGUGUGUUAGGUAUUGCAAGGAGGAGUACGCAGAUGAUCCAACAAAGAUGAAAGAUUGCAUUAUGAAUUGUGUUGUCCUUGAAUGCCAAGAUCGUCAUCAUCAAGAUGAUCCGAAAAAGAAGAAAGAAUGCAUUCACAAACUUUUUCAAAAGUAUACCAAGCGUCAUAAUAUAUGGAGAAUCCAUUGGAAAGAUCUGAUUAAGCUUAAACAAUGCGUUGAAAACCUUUAUGCUAAGUACGUCAGGUACAGUAAUGGCAAACAUAUAUAUAAGUUGUUGUAA